UGGCGUCGGGGGUCUUUCGCGCCUCGCUUGGGGUCACCGCGCAAGGACGGGCGCGGGCGGGGUACUUGACAGCCACCAGCUGGAGCCAGUCCUCGCGUACCAGCCCGCACUGGCACCUCAUCCCUCAGAACCAGCUGGCUUUUAGCCGUCACGGUCGGAAGUCCCCGAUUCGCAGCCUCCAGGACUGCAGCUCGAGAGGAAAGCCCUCCUUGGCCCAUCUCUCUCCCCCAUAGUCACGCUCUGUCCUGUGAGGUGCAGCAUUUAAGUCAACCCUUGCUCACACACCACUUCCACCCACGUCUGCGUUAACUUUGUUCUUAACUUCCUUGAGAUCCCGUCCCCUCUGCCUCCAGAAGAGGCUCCCCGCCCCGCCCCAGUUCCUGUAAAAAUUGAGUUUCAGAUAUCCUGCAGAAAGCUUACUUUUAAGGCUGAGCACCCAUUUAAUAUCCAGAACAAGUUCAUGCUUACUAGAGAGUUUGUGGGCAAAGUGAAACCCAGUGCACACAGAAAACCAUGGCUGAGCAUGGGGCUCACAUCACAACUGCUGCUGUGGUGGAUGACCAGCCGUCCAUCUUUGAGGUGGUAGCACAGGACAGUUUAAUGACAGCAGUGAGGCCUGCUCUUCAGCAUGUGGUCAAGGUUCUUGCAGAAUCAAAUCCUGCCCAUUAUGGCUUCUUUUGGAGGUGGUUUGAUGAAAUCUUUACCCUGCUAGAUCUUCUGCUCCAGCAGCAUUAUCUGUCUAAAACCAGUGCUUCAUUUUCUGAAAACUUUUAUGGUUUAAAACGGAUUGUAACCGGGGACACACACAAUUUUCAGAGACUGGCCAGUGCUGGUCUCCCAAAAAAGCAGCUUUGGAAGUCAAUUAUGUUCCUGGUUCUUCUUCCAUAUCUGAAAGUGAAGCUGGAGAAGCUGGUUUCUAGCCUUAGAGAAGAGGAUGAAUAUUCUAUCCAUCCCCCUUCUUCCCGCUGGAAACAAUUUUACAGAGCCUUCCUGGCAGCCUACCCAUUUGUUAACAUGGCCUGGGAAGGCUGGUUUCUUGUACAACAACUUCGAUACAUCCUAGGAAAAGCUCAGCAUCACUCACCACUUCUAAGUCUGGCUGGAGUUCGGCUAGGUCGACUUACAGCUCAGGAUAUACAAGCUCUGGAACACAAACCAGCUGAAGCCAGCAUGAUGCAGAAAUCAGCCAGGAGUGUUACUGAGAAGAUAAAGUCAACUCUGAAAAAAGCUAUGGGGGGCAUUGCCUUAUCCCUCUCUACUGGCCUUUCUGUUGGUGUAUUCUUCCUGCAGUUCCUUGAGUGGUGGUACUCAUCUGAAAAUCAGGAAACCAUCAAAUCACUGACUGCCCUGCCUACUCCACCACCACCUGUACACCUAGACUACAAUUCUGACUCUCCCCUGUUACCCAAAAUGAAGACUGUGUGCCCACUGUGUCGUAAAACCAGGGUGAAUGAUACUGUUCUUGCCACUUCUGGCUAUGUGUUUUGCUAUCGCUGUGUGUUUAAUUAUGUGAGGAGUCACCAAGCUUGUCCUGUCACAGGUUAUCCAACAGAAGUACAACAUCUAAUUAAACUGUAUUCUCCUGAGAACUGAAAGGGAUUAGCAUUUUAUCUCAAAACAAAAUUAUUGCACUGUAAGGCUACAGGUUUACUAUAAAGGUUGGUUUUCAGCAUGGUACACAGCAUCGUUUGAUACCUCUUUGCCUCAAUUAAUGUUUAUAUUAAUUUUAAACAACUACAUGGGUUUCCUUAAAAGGAUGUACCCAUUAAUCUUAACUUCUAGCCUGCUCUCUAGACCUUCAACUUAAAGUUAACCAAGCUGGUUAGAAUAAGAGAAUAGGGAUUGGCAGAGCACAUGAGGGUCAGUGUAGAAGUGGAUAAGAGGGGAUAAUCAGUACAGAAGCCUUUCCUUAAAGAACAAAGAGGUGUAGAAGUUCUCAGGAAAAACCCAAGUUAGACUUCAUAAAGUGAGUUGUGAAGGGGAAGCAGGCCUUUACUUUAGAAAAGUGUUUAUCUAUUUAUGAAGAAGAGGUUUACCAGUUUGCAAACAAUGUGAAAAGUGGGCUUGCUCUUUAUAGAAACACUUUAGAAAAAUAAUAGCUCCUUCUAUAUACUGUGACCCAUUUGUUAUGUAACAUCUGCUAUAAUUUAUCAACUUUUA